CCGAGGAGGAGCUGCCGUUUUUUUUAAAAGUGGACUCGCUGGUUCUUCAUGCGGCCAGAAGUCGAUUGGUGGAAUUUAAAUCCAAACCGUGAACUUUGACAUGUCGGUAGUUGGUCUCAGAAAGAAGUUGUGUCUGUUGAAUGUCUGUUGACCAUCGCUGCUCCCUCAGUUUAAAGAUGAUCAUCAAGGGGCAAAAGCGCAAACAUCCACCGGAGGACGUGGAGGUUUCCGACAGGAGCAGCCCUACCUGGGAGAGCCAGCGCCAGUUUGUCUUCUCGGUCUCCCUGAACAAGUAUCAGUGUGGCCAGGUGCUGCCUGAACCCAGCCUGCGGAGGUCUGUCCUCAUAGCCAACACUCUGCGGCUGAUCAGCGUGGAGGCUUGUACGGUGCCCUCUGUAGACAUGGAGGUGUCACAACCGCCUUGUAGCUCUUCAUCUGCCCUCCAGGAGAGUAUUUUUACCGGAGGCGCUGCAGCAAAGCAUCACUCUGAGGUGAUGUAUUCUGACAACCACUCGGCUGUUGUCAGCUGCCCUCUGCUUUCUUUAGAUUGCACGUCAAAUUGUGCUACAAGUAGGUCUCCUGCAAACUGCCACUUGGGUGCAUUAAAUGUCCCUCUGUCUGUAAAAGACGAAGAUGAGGACUGGGGGUCCAUGUCCACAGAGUCCGAUUACUCCCUCUCAGCUGCCAUCUCCUCCAUUCUCACCGCGCUGGACUCCAUCAUUGAUGGGGGCCCACAGGCAGCUCCACGUACACCUCUCAGGUCCUUGGAGAACCUGUCGGGGCCCUGCGAUGGAGGAGUGGGGUGGGUGAAACAGGGAGUCAGAAGUUAUUCAGGAAGCUGGGAGCAGCAGGUAGAGUCUAGCGAUCUGUUCCAGGAUAUAGACACAUCCCUGCUAGAGAGGGACAUGGGUGUGCUUGGACUCAGAGGCAGUGGAGAUGGAUACCAGGCUGGGGAUGACUUUUACCAGUAUCUGCCCUCUUUCUCCUAUUCCUUCCCUCUACACCACUUCUCCCUCUCUCUCAACCAGGAUCUGAAGUGCUGGCCUUCGUUCUCCUCGUUCAGCCCAUUGUCAUCCUCAUCUGCUUCUUCACCGUCUUAGACACCCAUCUCUAGUCAGAAUCAAGGACAUGGGGCUUUUUGUGCCACAUGAAGAGUUUGUGUUUCUCCGGCAAUAAUGGAGGCCACACCACAAUGAAAAUAUCUGUGUAGUAAACCAGAUGCGGCUGUUAUGUACGGGUGUUGUGUGUAAAAUGUUAUUGUGAGUUCUGAGAGAAUGUGAUUUGGCUGGUGUUUGAAGUAGAAUAUCUGAAACACUAAUAUUAUAGGUCAAACUUCUGUGAAGAAAGUUUAACCUCAUAUUUAUCAGCGAGUUAGAACAGGGGAGUGGUAUCAGUUGCUAAGAGAUUGGGUCAUGAUUUCAAACAGCAGGAGCACCCAGACAAAGUGCUCUUUUUAGUCUGAAAAGAAAUCCACAAGAACCGGUGUUUUCUUCAAAUUUCAUCCAUCACUUAGUCAGUUAUGAAUCAGUAACUAGCAGGUGGAGGUACAGUACGAUGACGUUUCAUAUGUAUCCUGCAUCUGCAGUAAAGUACUCAGUGGAAACAAGAUCACAACUUAAUGCCACUCAACCAGCUUACUCUAUGUCCCAUCUGAAGGGCGAAACUAAAAGUUUAGUUCAAACGUUUUCCCUCUUAGAGGCGGUCUGAGUGCGGCUGCAGCGCAGGAAACAAAUCGGCAUUCUGCGACGCACGGUCACGCUCAGAAAAAGCAUUUGCUGUCUUUUACAAGAUGCUUUUAUUCAAAGAGCGUCAACAGUUCCGAGAUUGUGUGCAACACGUCCUCGUGGGGUUUCUAAUGCGAUGGUACAGAGUCACAUUAGCCAGAGUCACAACCACUACAUGGCAGCUUCUGUUGUACAGAUGUAGUGUUUGUGAUCAGUCCUGGUGGGUGCUUAGCAUUGUGCUGGGAGCAACUGUUCACUCAUCAGUAGGUCUGCUUGCAUGUUAUGUCUGUUUUACAUCUGAAUUAUUGCACUUUUGUUAAUAUGCAUGUCUUGUCUCUUUUAUUUGUUAAGCAAUGGUAAUAUUGCUGGUCAAAUAAUUCCUUCCUAACCCCUAAAGUGGAGUCCUGUUACGUGUCCUGUCAAUGUUUGUUGAAAAAAGAAAAACACUUAAGGGAACUUAACCAGCUAUCCAUGUUGGUCCAGCAUUGACACGAGAACCUGUUGGAGGAAGCACACGAUGCCCGUCUGUCCGGUCUGUGGACUCAUGUCUGUGGGUCAGUUGCUUUCUAUGCAAUGGGCCUUUGUGAAUACCUGGGCUGCAGUCUCACACUAUUUAUAAAUGUCAUAUUUUUGUUAACGAGAUGUAAGGUCAUACCAUGUUUGACAAUUCUGUAAUGGUAUAUUAAUGUACCGCUAUGGCAGUUAUUUUAUUUACUCUUAUGUUCUCUACAAAUAUUUGAAUAGUUAUGUUUGGAAAUUGAGGGCAGAAUGCCUGGACACUGUAAUUAGACUUUUCAGAAGACAAAAUGUCUAUUUAUACCAAUGUUUUUA